AUGCAGGCCAUCGAAGCCAGCCUGAGAGCACUCUCGAAAUCUCUCGCCAGCGGACCCGUUGAUCAACAAACUCUAGAUGCGCUCGUGUCGAAGGCAAUAGCGGGCGCAAAGAAGAGGUCGACCGUAUCUCCGGAGACCAGAAAGAACCAGUGGGAGUUUGUGCUCCGCAAUGAGAUCUUCACCCUCGCGGCUACUGAGGGCAAUGCCCUGAACUCCUCAAACACGAAAUACUACGAUGACCUCCGGGCAGGGCUCGACCUCGUCCUAACAUUCACCGAGCACGACGCCUGCGAGCAUGUGUUCCCCUUCAAUGUGCUCUACGACCUGGUCGAGAUGCAGACGAUCGCGUCGUGCGAGGUUAUUUUCUCGUGGAUAGAGGCGCGCACGGACCGCCUCACGGAGGGCAUGGUCCCGCAGAAGGGCAAGGCGCUCGUCCUCCUCCGCACGCUCAACGACCUCCUCCGCCGCCUCUCCAAGAUGGGCGCGACCACGCUCUUCUGUGGGCGCAUCCUCACGUUCCUCAGCCAGGUCUUCCCGCUCGGCGAGCGGAGUGGCGUGAAUCUGAGAGGUGAGUAUGGCCCGGUGUGGGAUGGCCCCGGAGCGAAAGGUGAGAGCGAGCGCGGGCCGACGAUGGACGUGGACGCGGAGAAGAAAGAAGUCGAAGAGGACAAGAUGGUCGUGGAUGAGGAGAACUCGGAGGGUAAGGAGGGCGAGGAGAGCGCCGCUGCGAAGGAAGCGAAGCGGGAGCAGAAAGAAGAUUUCUACCAUACGUUCUGGUCGUUGCAGCUGCCGUUCUCGUGGCCCCAUGCUUUCUCUGAGCCUUCCGCCUUCCCUGCAUUUAAGGAUGCCGUGGCCAAGGUGCUACCUGUCAUCAAGGAGGCGACGGCGAAGGAGCGCGCGUUGAUGGGCGGCAAGAAUGUCGCGAGCGCGUCGAGUCGCUCUCUGAAGCGCAAGCGCGGCGCUGAAGAAGUGGCACUGAAGGCAGACAGGGAAUAUUUCUUUGCUAAAUACCUGACUAGUCCUGAGCUCCUAGAACUUGAGGUCGCCGACACACACUUCCGCCGCCAGUUCCUUUUCCAGCUCCUCAUCCUGUUGAAUCACCUACUGAACUUCACCAAGGGCGCGAAAGCGACAUGGUCCCACCCACGCAACCGCUCGCUGCAGAUCGACUUCACGCUCGAGCCUGCAGACACGCAGUGGGUGCAUGACACGGCCGCGAAGGCGACCGAGGAACUGCGGCAGACCGCGCCGGGCGGGCGGGCGUUCGCGGAGACUGUCAAGGUCGUGCUCGAACGCGAGAAGAACUGGGUCCGCUGGAAGAACGAGCUCUGCUCGCCGUUCGAUCGUGACCCAUGGUCCGAGGAGGUCACCCUCGUGGACGGCACAAAGAAGCGCGUCGGGCUGGAGGAGGCGACGGUGGAGGUGCGCAAGCGGAUGCGCGUGGAGCCCAAGGACUGGGAGCAUAAGCUGGGCUCGGGCCCGUUGACGGAGAUUUGGGCGAUGGGUUAUCGGGACAUGAACGACCUGCGCCAUCCUUUCCAACCGGGAGACGUGAAGGACUUCGUGAAGAAAGUCAAGCAGGAGGACAUACGGAUCGAGAUGCGUAGGACGCAGCUGAUCAGGACUGCCGAGCGCAUACAACAAGCUCGUGCAAAGGUGACUGCAACGCACAAGGAGGCAGCGGCCCAUGCAGGUGCUGCGUCCCCUGCCGCCGGAUCACCGAUGCAUCUGUCCCCUUCGUCAUCGCAAGAGGCCAUCAGCGCCGGGCAGCCUGCCCACCCACGCGCCAUCCACGCGUCCCCCCUCCACCCGUCUCUCCCCGCCAAACCAGGCACUACUCCUGUUCCAUCAUCCACAUCUCAGGACAGUUUGGUCGCCCUGUCAUCCUCGCCUGCACGGGUCAGCACACCGGUUCCGCCAGCGCCCGUGGCGCCUACUGCUGCACCAGCACACGGAGAGACCGCGCCGGUAGUCCUACCUCCAGAUGACCAAAUAACCCAGUACGAAGAGAACAAGCAGCGCUGGUCGUGGCUGGCCCUGCGGACAGCGCGCGACCAAUACAUGCAGCACUUGGGCAAAAUCGGCACGGGGGACAUCACCCUUCUGUUGCAAGACAUCGAGCAGGAAGCCGAGGAAAAGCGAGAGAGGGCAGCCGCAGAAGAAUCCACCCCGGGCAGCGGGGUGGUCGGCGGGUCUGGCGACGAGCGUGCGGCGAGUCCGAUUACCGCAGGUGCAAACGCAAACGCCAGCGGGUCAACGGGACGGAAAGCGAACGGGGAUAGAGAUGUGAAAAUGGAUCCGGAGGAGCGAUAG